AAAGGUGCGCUUCCGGUGUUGAGAGCUUAAUGAUUUCUGGUGUUUUUAGCCCUUUUUGCUGCCGACCGUUGUUAAUUUGUUAACGGAUAGUAAACACUGCAGCAAUGAGCGCCAUCAUUCCUCGGAUAGAGCAGCUUUCUGCCAGAGUUGUUCGGGUUUUAGGCUGCAACCCUGGACCGAUGACCCUGCAGGGAACCAACACUUAUCUGGUCGGAACAGGGCAAAGACGUGUUCUUAUCGACACUGGGGAACCUGCUGUCCCUGAAUACAUCAGAAACCUGAAAAAUGCUCUGGUAGAAUUCAACACUAGCAUCCAGGAGAUCAUCGUCACACACUGGCAUCAUGACCACACCGGUGGAGUGGAAGACAUCUGCAGAGAUAUAACAGGAUCUGAAGUCAGGGUCAGCAAAUUGCCCCGAGCUGUCAAAGUCUCAGAGACUGCAGGAAAUAAGACAUAUUCUUACCUAAAAGAUGGCGAUGUUAUCCAGACUGAAGGAGCCACCCUCAAAGUGCUUUUCACCCCAGGCCACACUGACGACCACAUGGCCUUGCUACUGGAGGAGGAACGGGCGUUAUUCUCUGGGGACUGCAUCCUGGGUGAGGGCACGGCCGUGUUCGAGGAUCUCUACGACUACAUGAAGUCUCUAAAGAUCCUACUAGACACUCAGGCUGAUCUGAUUUACCCCGGACACGGGCCUGUGGUGCAGGAUGCUGGCGCCAAGAUCAAACACUACAUCAGCCACCGAGACCAAAGAGAACAGCAGAUCCUGAAAGCUAUUCAGGAUGGAGCAGGAAAGCCUUUUUCUUCCAUGGAGCUUGUAAAGAUUGUCUAUAAGGACACUCCUGAAUACCUGCACCAGGCUGCAAAUGUCAACCUGGUUCAUCACCUGAAGAAACUGGAGAAAGAAGCCAGGAUCACUUUUGUGCUGGACUCUACAACUAACAGCAAGUGGAGAAGUAACCUAUGAUGUCCAGCAACCCUGAAAUGGACAAACUACGUCAUAUAAUCAAAGAAAUCUCACUGGACAACAUGUGAGAGUCUGUUUAUUAAACGCACAGGAUCACAUUAUGAAGUUAUGAUUGUAAGACUGAUUGAAACAUGUGAACAAGAAUGUAUAUUAGUUUAAACACGUUGCAUUGAAUUAUGUUUUUUGUAUGCCUUCAUAUAGGUGCACUUUUUACAGCUCUUAAAAACGUUGACAGGUGGAUUUCUCCUCCAACACUUCAGUCAAAUCUGUGCAGAAUAGGUGUGGUUACUCCAUGCAGACACUAGGUGGCAGCAUCUGC